AUGGAUAACCCAUUGCCUGUCAACAUCCCUGGGUUUGGGGCCUGCGAUAGGUUAGCCACCACUGGUGUCAUGAAUUGCUACCAAAACUUCUUAUAUCCCGUAAGACUUUACAGGAGAAGCGGCAGUGGAGGUGGUGUUUGUUGCAAUUACAGCAAAUAUAAGGCCUGUUAUACGGGUCUGUAUGAUGGCCUCCGAAUAGCUAUGGAAAGGGAAAGGUGUCCGAAGUCUUACUCCACGCGUAUUAUUAUGUCGAUUGGCAAUAGUGUUGGCGCACCCGUCCGGCUAAUGUGCGACCGUUACAGCAAAUACAGGGCGUGUAUUAGUGGACUGCACGCGGGCUUUACUAUAGCUAUGGAGAGGGAAAGGUGUCCCAAAUCAUACACCUCUCGUGUGAUCAAGAGUUACGGCGAAAGUGUAAUCGGUUUACCUCUCAAUCAAAUCUGCGGGACGGCUGCCGACGGCAAGAGUCGGUGUCCGCCCUCUCGCGGCUCCAAACCCAAGAAGAAGGGAAACCAAAAGCCUAAACGCGCCGGUAGUCAAGAGCCGGUUGACCCAUCCGGAGCACUUCAACCCAUUAGUGGUAUAUUGAACAGGGGAACUGGAGGUUUAGGAGGUGGUGACCCAUUUGGUGGCGUAGGAAGCGUGUUUCAGAGGGGCACAGAUACCAUAGGACAAGGAGCCUCGGGUAUAUUAGGUAGAGGGGCGGGUGGAUUAGGUGCUGCUAAUCCAUUGGGCGCUGUUAACCCAUUAGGUGCUGCCAAUCCGUUUGGUGGAGUGGGAUCACUGUUUCAAACAGGUGUCGAUACUAUAGGACAGGGAGCCUCGUCCUUGUUUGGUGGUGGGGCUGGAGGUUCAGGUUCUAGAAGGUCCGGG